AUGGCUGAAGGGAUCAAUCCACACCUCCUCUUCUACAGCUUCCUUCCGCCCUUGAUCUUCAGCGAGGCGAUGAAGCUGAAUGUUCGUUUGGUGCAGAAGUGCUUCGCACAGGUGUUUCUUCUGGCAUGCCCGGGCGUACUUCUGGGCACUGGAAUGGUGGCACUCGUCGCAAG